UCCCUGCCGCGGCAUGAAGAGGAUCUUCGGGUUCGGGAGGAAGAGGAAGGGGCAGCCGCCCCUCGGCAGCGCCUCAACACCCCAUCCCGCCGGUGCGUACGAUCUCCGGCAGAAGGACCUGGGCAAGCUGCACCGCGCGGCCGCCUGUGGCGACCUGGCCCAGGUGCGGCAGGGGCUGAAGAAGCACGGCGUCGACGAGCGGGACAAGGCGGAGCGGACACCUCUGCAUCUUGCUUGUGCAAAUGGCCAUGCGGAUGUUGUCACAUACCUCGUAGAAAACAAAUGUAAGCUAAAUCUUUUUGACAAUGAUAACAAAUCGCCACUGAUGAAGGCAGUACAGUGCCAGCAAGAAAAGUGUGUGGCUAUUCUGCUAGAGCACGGUGCUGACCCAAAUCUGGCAGAUGCAGAUGGGAAUACUGCCCUUCAUCUUGCUGUUGUAUCUCCUAAUACAUCUGUAGCAGAGCUAUUACUUGAGCAUAAUGCCAAUAUUGAUGCCCAGAAUAAGGAGGGAUGUACCCCACUUCUUCUUGCUGUCUCAGAACAUCAGGAAGAGAUAGUGGAAUUUUUUCUUAAAAAAGGAGCUGACGUGCAUGCUCGAGAUCAGUGUGGAAGAACUCCACUUAUGACCGCUGCUUCUGGUGGGGUGCUUAAUUUGAUAAAAGUUCUUCUUCAUUAUGGUGCUGAUGUUUCCCAUAAAGACACUAAUGGGUGGACAGCUGAAGAUUAUGCUGUUAUCCAUGGAUAUUCUAGUCUUAGUAAACAACUGUCAGAAUACACAGACUGGAAAAACAUGGGAGAAGCUUCUGCAAGUGAUGCACAUAGCACUCAGCACCAGGCAGGAGCUUGUGACUUUACAUUGGGUGCACCUGCUACGGACAGAGGAGCAAUGGAUGCAUUUUCUCAAGGAGACUCAGUAAGAAGCUCUGAGGAGGGGAGUGAUGACAGUUGGCAUACUUCCGAGGAGGAGGAACUCGAUUUUACCCCCAAGAAGCUGCAGAAGCCAAACUUGACACUGUUACUGAAUGCUUCCCAGCAGUACAGGAAAAACAAUGGUGAUAGUUCUAGAAUUGAAAGUCUUAAGUCACCAAAUAAAUGCCUCAGAGAAAGAACCCUGUCAGAUGCAAAUGCAAGCAAAGGAAAAUGUGGACAGUUACUGACUCAAGAUGUGUCAGAUGCAAAAAGCCUGGAGGAGGAGAAGGAAAUAGAGGAGGAAGAGGAAUAUGAUGAAAAAGAUAAUGGAGAUGAUGAUGAGGAUUAUGAGGAAGAGGAAGAAGAGGGUGAAGAUCUCACUCAAGACGAAAAGGAGGAGGAAGAUCUUGAAGAUGAAGAAACUCAGUCUAAUGGCAUAUUGGAGGAGGAGCAGGGUGAGAAAAAAGAACCUAAAGGGGAAAUUAAUCAGAAACUGGAAUACGUUAGUAGUGCCAAGUAUGAAGGGAAAGCUCGGUGUGAAGCUGGAAAUGUCUGUGAUAAUGCUGUAAGUAAAGAACUUGAUGAAAAGGUGGAGGAAUCUGUUGAUGCUCAUGUGUCUUUUCUAGGUGGAUGUUAUGAACCGUCGCAAGAAAAUAUAACUGCCAUGUCUCCAAAGACAAUGAAUAAUGAAGUAUCUUGCAAGUCAGUAGGAAAACAAGCUGUCUUUCAAAAUCUAAAUAAUUUGCAAGAUACACAAGAAAGCUGGAACAAGAAAAGCAUGAUCCAGAAGUUUCACAGAAAUGGUGACUCCUGUUCUGUAGACUCUGAAAUGACCAACUGGAAAAAGGAGAUACCUCAGCCUCUCUCAGGUAGCUGUGGUCUUAAGGAGAAAAAGUCAGGCUUUGGUGAUGGCUUUGAAAAUGGUGAUAAUUCUUGGUUAGCAGCAAAAAACCUAAGGCUUGGAAGUCAAAGACCAAGCUCUGUUGUUCUUGAAUGUGUGGAUGAUGACGAUACUGAAGAAGAGCAAUGUGAAGAAGUAGAUGGUGAAGUCUGUGAAGCACUGAAGCAAGAAAGUGAAAACUUGUGCUUAAACAAGUGUGAAGAAAAUUUAAAAGCAGCAUUUUACUCGAGCACCAAAGAGGAAUCGUCUGAGUGGGAUGACGAGGAGGAGCAGGAGAAGCAAGGUGUUGGUGAAGAGCUACAAACUGCAGUUGUUGAGGGUGCCCUGACAGCAGUGGAAGUAGAGGAAGAUGCUGAUUCUCCCUGGGAUUCUGAGAUUAUAGAGACAGAUCCUGGAAGUCUGAGAAAAGCAUCAUCUGGUGUGUUGUUCCCAGCUGCAGACAGACAUGGAACAUGCUCUCAGGUUGCUUCAGGGGAACACAAUGGCUUUUCAGAGAAACCCAGCAAUUCCCAGUUGAAGACUCCCCAAGCUGCUUCAGAAAUAAAUAAACCCUCUCCUAAAAAUAGGCAGGAGAAAUCAGAUCUGUUGGAGGAAUUUGGUUUAGGAGAUGCAGAGGAUAUUGAAGGUGAGUACUCGGGAUCUACCUCUCACGUAUCAUCAUCAGCUACAAAAGAAGACAUCAAGGAUACCACUGAAAACUAUGGAGUACAGGUUGAGAAAGAAAGAUGUUUAAAAAUGAAGGUGAUGACAAAACAAGAUGACCCUGAUAAAUCAUAUACACCACCAAGCAACACUGCUGAUCAGCAAAGGCAACAGAAGCUAACUCUAAGGAAGAAUGAGUGUUUGAAAAUGGAGAAUGAAAGUGCUAUAGAAGAAAAGGACAAAAAGAACUUUUCAUCUGAGAAGAGGUCAAAACUGAUUAAAAUGCCAAUGAAAGGAAAACUUGCUCUGAAUGCAGAUGUUGCAAAGAAAAACAAAAGAUGGACUUUGAAGAAGGUGGCUGAUCAGCAGUUGGGUUCUUCCAGUGGGAAUAAUUUUCAAGUACUGGAUGACAGCACUUCCAGUGAGACAUCUCAAGAUGAAGGAAGACCUGCAGCCAGAAGAGGGAUUGAAAAGAGCAAGGUCAGCAUACAAAUGGAUGUAACUGAUGACCUUGAUUUAACUCGCUCAUCUGACACAACUUCAGAGGAUGUUGAAUUGCCAACUUCAGCCUACGAAGAGGCUAUGUUGCUGUUAGAACAGCUCAGUGUGGAUCCUACAGGUUCUUCUAUUUUGUUGAAAAUUCAGAACAUACUACUUCAGUAUGAGCAGAAAAUAAAACAUGAAAAAAAUCAGUACAAAGCUGUCUGGAGAGAAGUAAGGAAAUUGGAAAGUGAAAAGGAAGAGUCAAAAUUAAUAGUGGAGGAGACUCAAGAUUUGAAAUCCUUAUUGGCUCACCAAGAAGUGGAAUGGAAAAGUGAUAUCCAAAGUCUUAAAUGUACUUUGAAGCAAGAAGAGGAAAAGAUGCUCAGAUUAGAGACUUUGUAUGAGAAAACAAGAGAAGAACUCCGAAGGAAAGAAGAUCGAUAUUGUAAAGAGAUGGAGGAAAAACAGCAACUUGAGUUACACUCGAAGAAUUUAGAAAUGGAGUUAAUAACACUGAGAAAGCUCUUGAGACAGGUUGAAGAAGAGCGUGAGGAAACACAGAAACAGCUCUCUCAGGAAAAGAGUGCCAGAGCCCUGCAAGAAGGAAUAUUGAACAACCACCUUUGGAGACAAAAGGAACUGGAAGAAGAAACAAGAAGAACUAUAGAAAAAAAUUCAGAGGAAUCCAACGCUGAGAGAGAAAAGGAUCUGUUGUACAAAAAUCAGUUGCUACAAGAUGAGAUUGGUAUGCUAAGACUGGAACUUGAUCAAGUAAGACUUAGGCAGCAGGAGGAAGAAGGAAAAUAUUUAGAGGAAAAUGAAGCCUUGAAAGAAAAAAAUGAGGAUCUCAAAAAGGAACUUAAACUAAAUGAAGAAGCCUUAACACAAACAGUUUUUCAGUACAAUGGACAGCUGAACUUAUUAAAGAGAGAAUCUGCAAUGCUAUCUUCCAAACUUGAGCAGACAAAAGAAAGCAGAGACAGACUAGAGACAGAAACAGAAUCAUUCCGUUCCCGUCUGAACACUGCUGCUCAAGAACUUGAACGUCUUCAGUCAUCAAAAUGUGAUGUUGAACGAACAUUUCAGAGAGAACGUGAUGAAUGGCUUCGCUUGCAAGACAAGCUCCAUCAUGACCUCUCUGAUGUGCGAGAAGUCAGUAAGAGCUUGUCUCAGCAGCUGAGUAAAGCUGAAAGCAAAGCUAAUAGUCUAGAAAAUGAGCUCCACCAGCUGAAACAAACCCUCAGAGAAAAAACACUGCUUUUGGAAAUGACACAAAAAGAAUUAAGUCAAGCCCAGUGUCAGGCAAAGGAAUGUGAUCAUGCUCGACAACUUGAGAAAGAGCAAGUAAGCAAAUUUAUAAUAAAGCAGGAGUCCAUGCAGGAGCGAUUGGUCCAGCUUCAGAGUGAAAACCUUUUACUCCGUCAGCAGCUGGAAGAUAUGGAGAACAAGGGGAUCAUCAAGGAAAAAAUAGUGAAUGAUGUGCAGGAUCGGUUUAAUGAUGUUUUCAGUAAACUCAGAGCUGAUACUGAAAAGCAAGUUUGCCUAGUGGAAGAGAGAAAUAAGGAAUUAAAUGCCAAGUGUACUGAUUUAAGAGAACAAGUCUUUAAAUACGAGACUGAGAAGGCAGAAAGAGAGGGGGUGGUCAGACAGCUGCAGCAGGAGCUUGCUGAUGCCCUUAAAAAGCAAUCUAUGUCAGAAGCUUCACUUGAAGUUACUACACGCUACCGCUGUGACCUGGAGGAGGACAAGCUGCGCUUGCAAAAGGAAUUGGAAAAGGUUAACACCAAGAUCCAGGAGCUGGAAGAACAGAAACUUCAGUCUGAGCGUUGUGUCCAUGACUUGAAGACUGUCUUGGAUAAUAAGGAAAGAGAAGUAGUAGCUUGCCAGAAACUGCAGGACUUCCUGUUGGCGUCUUCUGGGACUAAUGCUACUAUCAAACAACUGGAAGAACACGUGCAGCGCCUUGAAAUUGAAAACGCCAGAUUAGAAGCCACGAUCCAGCAACAAAGCGGAAGGAAUGAAGCCCUUCAGAGAGACCUGCAAGCCUCUGCCUCAGUUCAUAACCUCUUGGAAGACUUGUUAACUAGCUUGCGGGCAACACAGGCAGCUGCAGAGGGUCACUGCCAACAGAUGCAAAAGCAGAAUGUGCUGGGUCUGACAUCAAAUGACUUACACAGCAUGUGGGAGGAGCAUUUGAAGUCAAGAUCCCAUCUUGAAGAGCGUGUUGCUCAGCUUGACAGGGAAAAGGCUGAACUCCUGGAACAGUGUGAGAAUGAAAGAAAGAAAGUGAAAAAGCUGGUAGAGUUGAAACGCCCAGUCGAACUGCGUCUGGAUCAGGAAAUGAAAAGAAACAUUGAACUGCAGAAAGACUGUAAGAGGUUAAAGAGGCUUAUGAGCAGAGCUAUGAAGAAAGUAAGGGUAUAUGAGGAGAGAGAGAUGGAGUCCCAGCUUAAUUGGCAGGGAGAAGUGAAGAACAGGUAUUCUGAAAUGGUUGAUGAACUUGGCAGAUUAAGAGCAACGGUUGGUGACCUUUCCCAGCAGCUGGAGAAAGAGUCUAAAACAUGCAUGCAGCUCAAAGCACAAAACAGCAGUUUGCGGGAAGAGUUGUCCACCAUGCGUGAGAGCCAUGAACAACUGGAGAAGAGCGAAUGCCAGCUGAAAGAAGAGGUGGCUAAGCUCAAACAUCAUUUGGAGACUAGCAUGGUAGAUCGCAGCCUGAUAGAGCAAUACAAAAGAGAGGUAGAGGAACGAGCCGCACAAGAAAUAAGACAAAAACUAGAAGAAGUCAAUCUGUUUUUGCAGACGCAGGCAGUUUCCCAGGACAGAUUAGAACAAAUCAGAGCCAGUCAUCAUGCUUCUCUGAGAAACCAGCUAAAGCAUAGAAUAAGAGAUCUUGAAUGUGAAUUGGACAGGAUAAAAAAUACCCAACAAGACGGCAUUUUUCAACAAGAAUCCACGCAUGCGGAAGUGGAAAGGUACAAAGAGCUGUAUCUGGAGGAAUUAAAAAUUAGAAGACGCCUAGGAAAUAAACUGGAAAGAGCUAAUGAGAGACUAGCAGAAGCCAAUGCUAAGCUCCUUCAGGAGCGCUGCAGAAACAAAGCUUUAUUCACAAGCAGCAUUGUCAGUGGAGGUCUGGCUGAAAGUCCAGUUCAGUAUUCAACUGAGCUGGGGCAUCUUGGCAACAGCUUGACACUGAACAGAAGUCUAAGUCUAGGAGGAAGCUUCUUAAGUCCAACCUGGAACGCAUUGUCAUCAAGAAACAGGGUUGAAGCCUAUAUGGCUAAGGUACGGCAGGAACUGGAUGAAAAAAUCACUAAACAACUUGAACAGGCCACUGCUGAGCUUGAAACUGGAUCUGCUGGAGUCUCUCCCAUGAGAUCUACUGACGGAUCUUCAAAAAAUGUCCAUGUUGUUGACCAGGAUCCCCUUUGCAGGGCAAUACAGGAGUACCGUGAUGUUUUAACCAAAAAUUGCCUAAUUUGAACAAAAUGCUAUGGAAAAGCUCUGGAAAUAAAUUUGUUUAUAUAGUGCAUCUAUGGUUUCCCAUCCCGUGGUACAGAUGUGAAAACAUGUUUAUUGCAGUGUGACUCUUUGUCUCGUAAAUGGAUGUCAAGGACACUACACUUACCUGUUGGUCUAUUGCUGCAUAGUUGUUUUGUUUUGCACCUACAGUAAGAACCAUAUCUAUUUUUUUCUAACAGAUUGACUAACCUUGGUUCUUGAGCUUGACAGAACUGCCAAAAUGUUUCUUAUUUACAUGGUGUACGAUUUUAUUCCACUCGUGUUCUGUGUUUUAACAAAAGAGCUCCCUUUGUUCUGUUUAAUCCUUUCACUCUUAGUGUUUUUAAUGUUUCCAAUGUUAUUUUAAUGCUUAGGAUAUUAUUCAAUGUGCUUUGAGUGCAAGGCUUCAAUCCUAAUGCAGGGAAUAUUUCUGCUGAUAAAGUUUUAGUAGUGUUAAAGCUGGAGAAUAAGGCACUUUACAUUACUGUCACUUGAUGCACCUUAGGUUUAAAAUUACUGGGAGUGUAUAGUAGUGCCAAGGAAGUUAUGAUGUGAUCUGUUUGGUCUGUUUGUUUUGUAUCACAGAACCACAGAAUGGCUGAAGUUGGAAGGGACCUUUGGAGGUCCCCUGGUCCAGCCCCCCUGCUGGUUGACCACCUAGUACUGGUUGACCAGGACUAUUCUGGCUUUAGAAUAUCUCCAAGGUAGGAGACUCCACAGCCCCCAUGGGCAACUUGUGCCAGUGCUCACCCUCCAUCACAGUAAAAAAGUGUUCCCUGAUUUUCACAGAACCUCGGUGUUUCAUUCUGUGCCCGUUGUUUCUUGUGUUAUUGAUGUUGAUUUUUGUAUGAAAAAUGGCUGCAGCUUUAAACUUUCACAGGUCCUACAUCAACACCUGUGGUGCACCUGAAGCAGUUCAUAUGGGGUAAAAAAGGAAUCAACUUUCAGUCUCCUUAGUAUUUCCAGAACUAAUUUGUGUGUUGCAAUGGCUAAUCUUUUUGUCACUGCUAGCAGCUGAUACGGUGGCUAUAGCCUAAAUAUUAGCCAGUGUUGUGAGACUGCUGGAGGGGAAGGGGUGGCAUUCAGAGGGAACUUAACAUUUUCGAGACGUAAGCUGGUGCAAACCUCGUGAAGUUCAACAGUGCAAACUGCAGAGUCCUACACCUGGGUCAGGGCAAUCCCAAUCACAGCUACAGGUUGGCCAGAGAUUCAGAGCAGCCCUGCAGAGAAGGACUUGGGGGUGUUGGUCAAUAAGAAACUGAACACGAGCCAGCA